UCCAUCCAACAUAAAAUGGAGUCAAUGUCCGGGAGAACAUCAGUAGAUCUGGUAUCGACCAUGGAUAACUUGACAGACAUCAUCUGGGUGUUUUUAAUGAGUGGACUCACCAGAGGCCUCCAAAUUACAGGGACUGAUCUUCGAUCUGGAAAAGUUCUGACGCGAUGCGUAACACGACAUGCCGACUAUAUGAAUAUCACCUGUCCGAACCGUUACGUCAUGCUGGCUCCAAAAAUCUUAGCUGGGUAUUCAGAUAAACAGACGUGCUUAUAUAACAGAAGAGAUUGUCUCGGGAUAUCUUCCUCAUUGAGCAAGGAAAGUCAGGCAUGCGCAAACCAGGAGACUUGUACUAUCAAAUUACGAAGAGUUCUGGAGACACUUGUUCCAUUUCCUGGACAAAGAAAAAUAUGCAAAGGAAAACCCCUAACCUAUGUGUCCGUGAUACUUCCUGUCUGCGUUCCUAAAUAUGCCAUUCACGCCAUGUGCCUUGGGAGGGAAGCAUCUCCUAUUCUCUCCAGUAGUGGUGUUAUAGAUAGUUCCUACAUCCAUGGACUAGCUCGUAACAUGCCAUGCAUUAGACGGUUUGGGAGUACAGGUGACAUAGUUAGGUUAACUCUCAACUUCUUGGACAUUCAAGUUGGGAGUAAAAAUCGACCUAAAAUCAUAUGGACAUCUGAAAAAGGAAAAUUAAGAAAGAGGUCAUUUCAAAAACAGUCUACAUUUUCCGAAAAAGGAUCAAAAUUUGAGAUUGAAUGGCGCCCAAAUAAUACUGGAGCAUCAGAACAAGGCUUCAUAUUAUCAUAUGAUGUGAAACUGAUCGGACAAAAACAACUCCGUCUAGCAAAUGAUCAGCCUUUGCGGAAUCCAACACGUGCUGUUGUACAAGCGACAUUGGAAAAUAAGAUGACGAGGAAUAAACUGAAAUCGAUAAUGAUGUCAUGCCCACGUGGUGAGGUAAUCUAUUCCCCGGAUGUCAAUGUCACCAGUAGUGAAUACCCCGGAUGCAUGGGACUUUCUCCGAACCUUCUUGUGCAGCGCAAUGAAUGUUUUUGGCGUAGAAAUUGUACAAUUAAAUGGGGUGGACCAGCAUACCUCACAAUGACACCAUCUCCUCGCUGUUUUGGCCGCAGUGGUGAUAACUUGAGAAGUGGAAACCAUCAAUGUAUAAAAGAAGAUAACAUUUUCGAUAUUUGCGACACCAAAUCAUCAAGAAGAUUAAAAUCGGCUAUGAUCCGAAGUCACGAGAAGUACCCAUGGCACUACAAAGGAGAAAACAAAAAAUGUCGUCUGCGAAUAAGAAUAGGGCGGAACCGCAAACUGAAACUGAAAGUAGACGAUGUGGACAUAGAUGACGAGAGAGAUAGCUUCGUCAUCAAACAUAUCAGAAGAGGUCGAAAACCGAAUACCAUAUUCAGCGGCAAUGGCGGAAAUAUGUUUGUAACUUUGCGAGGGGGUGCCGUGGAAAUUACACUGUCAAUCAAACGUCGAACUAAGUCCGGGUCAGGAUUUGCACUACAUUAUGAACGUGUACCUAAAUAUAGGAAGAAAGCCAGACGAGGAAAGAGUAAUAAAAGACGUUCGCAUGGAAUGGCGAAUAACCAGCUCAGUGAUAUGACGAAAUGAGAUACCAUAAAUGACUUCUCAUUUUACACUGCAGCAGCAAAAUUAACGCCAAUUUAUCUGAAAGUGUUUGACUUUCAGUAGUUGUAUGGAUUACAAAAUAACUGCAUUCAUAAGAACAAGAGUUCAAAUCAUUGUGACUUUGGCCUUUAAUUACCUCUAGAUCUGACACCGGCUCUGACAAUAUGUGGCCGUGAAACAGAGAGAAUGCAUUAUGUGUUCCAAGGUUGUCGUUAGCAUACACUUCUGGGAAAUAUUUACAUCAGAAUAAUUUCCUGUAUAUAACCUCAACUAAUGGUUGUAAAUAUGUAUAGUACCUGUGUUGUGUAGCAUUUAUGGCAGCAUGAACUCACACCGGCUACGUCAAAUACAUAUAUAUUUAAUCCGAAACGUCUGUACUUGUACAUGUGUAUAGCAGUCAUGCAAGAGACUAUCACACCGGUAUUUUACAAUAUAUUUGUUCACAUUUGUGAACGCCAUUCUCAGGAUAAUAGACAGAUUCAGCUAUAACCGGUAGUAGGCUCACAUAAAUGUGCUCUUGUAUUAUAUCUUGUACAUUGAAUAACAUGCAUAUUUAUAAGUGAUUUUUUGCUUAUUAAGAAAUCAAGUUUAUUGAUAGACAUACAAUGUACUGUGAUAUUUACACAGAAUGGCAAAAUUGCAUUUAACACUUGUACCUGAGAAUGUUAUUAAUAAAACAUGCAUUAUUACUUUGUUUUAAAUCAGAAAAUGUUCUGAUUAUCUUCUUUUGUUAUUGUCAAAGGACCUGCCGACUAGUAUGUCUCCUAUCUUUUGUACAAUGAUGCAAUAAAAUAUAACUUUUCUACUCAG